AUGGAAGCUGUUAAAUCUGGGAUGUACACUGGAAAUUCUGCCCCUCACUCUGGAUGUCUAACAACGAUGAGCAGUACUAUUACCCAGGAGGAAAUGUUCCCUACCUCUAGCCAAUCACUGGCUGGGGGGCUAUAUCUGUCUCACAGUCAGUCAAUGGAAGGGGCAUGUUCCUCCUCCUCUACAAGGGUCCAGUCUCACAAUGGAUUUUAUCCCUCCUCCACCCAGACAGUGGAAUAUCCAUGUUUUCCACCCUCCUACCUUGUGUCACAGUCUUCAGAAAUGGAGAGGUACCAGAGCCAGACUCCUCAUUAUAGCACCGAGCAGUACCCCCCAAUGACCUUCUAUCAAGUUCAGCAGCCAAAUUUUCCUCCACCCAAUGCAAACCCAACUCAACAAGACCUGAUUUACUCUCAGAGAGGCAGCAUUGAAAAUCUCCCCAUCAUUUACAGUGAACAAAACCAGCAGCCAGAUACUGUGCAUAUAUCAGACUCUUCAUUUACCAGUUCUCCAGACAGUGCUGAAUCUCAAAAUCAAAACACUGGUUAUAUUUCAAGAGAAGUUGCAAACCAGAUUGAAAUCCAGAGUGUGGUAGCUCCGAGGAGAGGAUCCCGCCGCAGUAGAGGAUCUGACCGUGAUGUGGCAGUGUCUAAUUCCUCAAGUCCAGAAGAGGUCUUCUGUCUGGUGGAUGGACGUCUUGCUUUACUGAGCAGUACCUCCAAGUAUAAAGUCACAGUCGCCGAGAUCCAGAGGCGAUUGUCAUCACCAGAAUGUCUCAAUGCAUCAUUGUUAGGAGGGGUCCUCAGGAGAGCCAAGUCAAAGGAUGGUGGCAAGAAUCUACGAGAGAGGCUGGAAAAGAUUGGGUUAGCUUUACCGGCAGGGAGAAGAAAAUCUGCUCCCGUUACACUUCUGACGUCUGUAGUGGAAGGGGAGGCUAUUCGUCUCGCUCGAGAUUUUGGAUUUUUAUGCGAAACUGAAUUUCCGUCCAAACCGUGUGCAAAGCAUAAUGUUCAAAAGUAUCACAACAAUAUUGCCCGUGAACAGAUGGCAAGGAAGAGUAUGAUCUUGGCAUCAAAGCAGAUAUUGAAAGAGUUUAUGGAUAUUUUGAAUGAAGAUCGAUCUCCGAUUGGGACCUCCCAGCCACAGCCAAUUCUGGAGCCUGAGGUUCAGAUUCCCCUAACCAGAUUCAGCUUAAUUUCUCACGGAUUUGGCUGUCCCGCCAUUGUAGCAUCACUAGCCACAGUGCAGACCUAUCUCACUGAGAUGCUGAAAUUCAUGGAUAAAGAUUUUGCUGCUGAUGUAAAAGAAAAGUGACUUUAAAUUUGACCUAUCUCAUUGAGAUGCUGAAAUUUGUUGAUAAAGGCCUUGUUGCUAAUGAAAAAGAAAAAUGACUUAAAAUUUGACCAAUCUCACUGAGAUGCUGAAAUUCGUGGAUGAAGGCAUCGCUGCUGAUGCAAAAAAAAAAGUGACUUAAAAUUUGACCUAUCUCACUGAGAUGCUGAAAUUUGUGGAUAAAGGCCUUGUUGCUAAUGAAAAAGAAAAAGUGACUUAAAAUUUGACCUAUCUCACUGAAAUACUGAAAUUUGUUGAUAAAGGCCUUGUUGCUAAUGAAAAAGAAUUUUAAAAUUUGACCUAUCUCACUGAGAUACUGAAAUUUGUGGAUAAAGGCCUUGUUGCUAAUGAAAAAGAAAAAGUGACUUAAAAUUUGACCUAUCUCACUGAGAUGCUGAAAUUCGUGGAUAAAGGCUUCGCUGCUGAUGCAAAAGAAAAGUGACUUUAAAUUUGCCGUUAUGUGAAGUGCUUGUUGUGCAUCAUUAUUUUCUGAUGAUUGAAAUUUACAUUUCAUUUUUAUAAAAUGUUUUCAUGCAUGAUUCAUGUGCCAUAUGUUGAUGGCGUAACUGAAGUCCAUACUGGAAUGUAUAGAUAAACCCUGAAGAUAAAAUUUAUGUUCCUUACAACAUAUAUUGCUAUGAUCGAGAUUCUGAUAUUCUAAAAACUUGUCUGUGUUUCUAUAAAGAUUGAUAUUUAUUUGUAGUUUAGUAGUCACUUGACUAAAAGUAUGUAAAUAAAGAUGUUGAAUAUAAUCAAAUGACU